CUUCAAUUAUCCCAUGCGGGUAUAUUUAAUAUAUUUACGGCUCUAGUCCUCUUCGACAAGGUAUAUUCCGCGAUUCGUAUCACGACCAAGUUCAUAUAUUCUCGUGACGGCGACAUCUUUGCACUCGAACACAUCCGCUUCAACUGACUUGGUGAGCUCUCCGCCUGAUGACAAAAUGUCUAUCGCACAAAAAGAAGCAACGGAAUGAAAUUCGGUGCCCUCAUAAGCCUAGAUGGAACAAUGAAAGCACACUUGAUAGAUCUGGCACUCGGCAUGCUGGAUAAUAUAUUUCGUUGGGCGUUCUAAGGAUUUUGAAUGAUGAUGAGGGAGAGAGGAGGUGGGAGAUGUAUCCGUUACUAAUAAGGAUUGAUGAACUAACUAGCGUCACAUCGACCACCGAUUCCUGCUUUACAAAGUCCCAUAAAAGCCUCAAUAUUGCCUAAUCUAGACUAGCGUGCGAGAGCGCCCCAGCCAAUGGGUACCAACUAUGUCCAACGUCUCCUGAAUAGAUUCACCGACUCAUACCACCUGUGGCCAAGCAAAUGGAGCAACUAUCUCUCCAACGAACGCUUUGGAGCGGCCCUGGAGACCUAUCUUGAAGAGCGUGACCUCGUUCUGGGGGUCAAAGGCAGACCGGGACUGCCCGACAUUCACAGGAUCUAUUGCACCGAAAGAAUGUCGGCAUUGGUCUUAGACAUCAUCGAGUCGAGCACUAAAAGGAGAACGGUGACUCAUUGUGCCAUGAGAUGGACUAAAUACUCUGGGGAAACAAUACAUCCUGUUUCAGUAUUAAUCAGAGAUUCAGUCUCUUCCGUCAUCGUUGAAGACGAGGCCAUCGGAGUCAAUGGUGACGCAGGAUGUCUCAUAGUCAGUGAUAACAGUGCCGAAGCCAUCGGAGAUGUGGACGUCGACUCCAGGGGCCCCGGAGAGGAUCGCCAGAGAAGACAUUUCGGAACGAAGGCGAACGAAGGGUAUGAUGUGUCCCAAUAUAAGUAUACCUCUAGCCUAUAUCACCAUCUAAAUGACAAGGAGAAUUUAAUGAACGAUGUUCACCUUCUACACAUUGAAAUGACGGUGGAAAUACACUAA